UCGACUGUUAUGCUGGAUUAUUCGAAUUAAGAGUUUUUAAAAAUCAGUAUGUGAUAGAAUUUCUCUUACCUACUGGUGAAUGCUGUAGAGAGUGUAAGCAAUUUGCAUGGAAAAUUGUUGAUAAUAUGAAUGAUAUUCUAACCCGAUUAAUUGGAAUGAGCCCUAAUAGUGCUAUAAAGCUUGAACGAGUGUAUUUCAAGCCAUCAACAAAGUAUUAUCGUCCAGUAGGUGCUGAUGAGCCACAAUUACCAAAGAGAACUAUCAGUCGGAUGACAUGUCAUAGAUGA